AUGUCAUCAGAUUCUGAAUCUUUGUCAUUAUUGCCACCAAGAAAACACAAGAAGUUGUCCUAUUCAACUGGAUCUUCAUCACUGUCAGAAUCAAGAAAGCACAAGAAAUUGUCUGAUUCUGGAUCUUCAUUGCAAUCAAGCAAACACAGGAAUAGCACAGAUGAGCUGCUUCAGGUGGUACAAACCAAUCACAGCAAGAAGAUUAAACAAUCAGAUGAUACAAAUGCGAUAUCCGACCCUAUUGAGAUGUAUAGAAACAUUGGACGAAAAGUUACCUGUGUACUUGAUCUCUUUGGUCUCCAGCAUGAUCGUGGAGACAAAAUCAGCUCUGAUCUGACCAAAGAUGUGAUAGAAUGCCAUUUGCACUUGUAUAAUGGCAUCCUGGAUUUUGUUCUGAGUCUUCGUGAUGAGCUUGACACAAUUUCUACUGACAGACUAUCUAAGAUCAUCUCUGCGAUAAUGAAAGGGAUGAGUGACACUCAGUCAAUGGCAUUUAGUUCUGUCAAACACAAAGGACUCAAGUAUGUGCCACUCAACAUGCACAGCAAGAACAACGCACUUGAUCCACCAAUUCCUGAAGUUGAAGAUAAAUCUAUGCAAGGCAUUGCACAUCCUCAGCUUGCCCACUGGCUCUGUCCACACAACAAACUUCACAUCUUUGAUAGCGACCCAGAGGAUGGGAUGGAGAAACUCCAGUCAGGCAAGAUCAAGAUGGCAGCUAUGAGUUGGCCUACUGGCUUCUACGAACAUGGCAUUUACGACCCACAAGAUAAGACUAAGGGUCUUUUCAGAAACCACAUCAUCACCCAAUUUUAUGCUCACUUGUAUAUUGGUCCCUUGGCUGUGAUGUCAGAGUCUACCUCAAGCAAAGCCUCAAAACAAGCAAGGAACCACGCAUUCGGUUUAUCAUCAGUGACAAAACACAUCAUCACAAUAGUUCACAUUAUUAUGUACUUCACACUCAGUCAAGCGCAAAACUGGACCAGCGAAAUUGGCACUAUGAAUCUUGAGGAAUUGUUUUGGAGCAUCAUUGACAUGCUUGACGAUGACGAGGAUCCAUGGGUCAAAGAUACCAUGGCAUGGUGGAUGGCCUGUAUCGGAGUGAAGACCAAAGCUCUCACUAAGAAGCCAGAAAAUGAAGACAAUGACAAUGAAGAAAAUGACAUUGCAGAUAUCAAAGCUCAGAGGUUGGCUAGACGUAGUGCUAUGAAGACUAAGGUUGCAGGUGCCUCAAAUGCUGUUAUCCAAGGACAAGGUCCUGCCAGGAAGAAACCUGCAGCCCCCCUACCUCCAAAAGUCAAGUGUCGCAGUGGCCAUCUUGAUACAUAUGAGGAAUCUGAGGAUGAAGAUGAGUCUCGUCCCCUGCCUUUGAAGACUAAACACCCCCAACUUGUCACUACUCCCCCACCUCCAAAGACCAAGCACACUCAACUUGUCGAGUCUGAUGAUGACAUUGAGGAUGUCAAAGCACCUCCCAUCAAGAAAAAGACGGUCCCACCUCCGAAGGCCAAACGCCCUCAACUCAUUGAGUCUGACGAUAACACUGAGGAUGUUGAAGCCCCUCCCAUCAAGAAAACAAUGGAUGUUGAGGAUGUUGAAGCACCUCCUGUCAAGAAAACAAUGGUCCCACCUCUGAAGACCAAGUGCACUCAACUCAUUGAAUCUGAUGAGGAUGUUGAUGAUGUCAAAGCACCUCCUGUCAAAAAAAAGCUGGUCCCUACUCCAAGUCUUCCAAUGCUCAAAUGUGUUCAACCAGUCAAGGCCCCAGAGGAACCUGCAUAUGAGGCACCUCCCAACAAGGAGACACCAGUCCCCUCUCGACCUGAGUCCCCGCUACCCAAGUUAACUGAAGACGAGUCAAGUGGUGCAUUGUUUGAACCCGAACCAUUGCCCAAGAAGAAAGGGAAGAAAGCUGCCAAAGUUCAAUGUGUGCCUAUGAAGUGGAACCCUACUCACCAAAAACGGCCCAACGGUUUCUAG